UUUCGAGGUCGCAGACCUACUGUUGAUUUCAUACAUUCAUUCAGUCUAAAACACCUCAACUUUUCGGUCCAGUGGUUAUAAUUUAGAUGGGAAUUAUCUAAAACAAAUAAUAUUUUGUGAUUUAGUUCAACAUGGAUUUGAUAUCUGAUCAAAACGAAAAUUUGAAAUACCCCAAAUCUAUAUGGUUUAUCGUACUCAACGAAUUAUGCGAACGAUUCACCUAUUACGGAAUGAGAACCGUCUUGGUUUUGUACCUGACAACAAUAUUGAAAUUUAACGGAGAAUAUUCAACGAUAAUAUAUCAUAGUUUCGUAUUUCUUGCAUACUUUAUGCCAUUGCCUGGUGCGAUUCUUGCUGACUCUUAUUGGGGAAAAUUCAAAACAAUUAUAUGUUUGUCAGCGGUGUACGCGCUAGGAAAUAUUGUGCUCACCGGUGCUUCGAUGGCAGACAUGUUUAGCCUCGACAUUCAAAAAAUCCUCGCUUUACUCGGAUUAUUUUUCAUAUCCAUGGGUACAGGUGGUAUAAAACCGUGUGUUUUUGCAUUUGGUGGCGAUCAAUUCCGGUUACCUCAGCAAGAAAAACAGCUACUGCACUACACUACCAAGUUCACGAUCGCAAUAAACGUCGGCGCGUUGAUUUCGACGUUUCUGACACCCGAAUUGAGACAGAGCGUACAUUGUUUUGGUAGAGACACUUGUUUUCCGCUGGCUUUCGGUGUACCGGCGGUACUAAUGAUAACUGCUAUAGUGAUUUUCGUAUCGGGAAGAAAUAUGUACGUGAAGAAGAAACCGGAACAAAAUGUCAUCGCCAGGACAUUCGGUUGUAUUUUCUACGCGCUGCGCACGAAGAUAACGUCGCGGGUCCCGUGCCAAAACCACUGGCUAGAAAACGCAAAGGGAGUAUAUACUGAAACAGAAAUAGCUGAUACGAAGACAGCCCUGGAAGUGAUUAGCGUGUUUGUGGCAUUUCCGGUGUUCUGGUCUCUAUACGAACAACAGGGUUCGCGGUGGACGUUACAAGCCACGCUGAUGAACGGCCGCGUGGACUUUUUGGACUGGACAAUCAAACCCGAUCAAAUGCAGACACUAGUACCAUUGUUCGGACUGACGUUUCUCAUUCUAUUCGACGUCGCCUUCUAUCCAUUGCUGGCUAUGGUCGGCGUCCGGAAACCAUUACAAAAGCUUACGUUUGGCGGUGUACUGGCCGUAGUAGCAUUUAUAUUUGCAGCUCUACUGCAGUUCAAAAUUUUUGGAAAUACCACCGAAAUACCACCAGGACAAGGGCGUCUAAACAUUUACAACGGAUUCGAUUGCAAAGUUUUCAUACGGUCGAGAACGUUACACUUGCAGGAUAAUAUUAAUCCACUCGAAAUGAUCAACGUUACUCAUGCAGUCAUGUCUCAAAACGACGCAUUAAUCACAUUAGAAUUUGAACCUCAUUGUUCAUAUGUACCAGAAAAAUAUGAGUUCGAUACCACCGUGACAAUAGUUGAAGGAGAAGAAAAUUCUUAUCAUUUGAUUCGUUUAAAUACAAACACAAUCGCAUUAAACCAUGUUGGAAGUCCUGAACAUUUAGUCAAAGAAAAAUUUGGGAAUCCCAACUUAAGAAUUUUGAUCGACUACACAUUUGAUUUUGACGAUAAUAUCACACUGAUCAGUGUAGAUCAAAACUCCUUUACCUCGUACCCUCUGUCUUUGUUUCAAAGGAUGAACUUUAAUGCCGUUAAGGUGGGGAAAUAUAAUAUAGAGUACAACGGAAAACUAUUGUCCAUUCCACCUGUGGACAUAAUACCAGCUACGUUUUAUACACUUACUAUACAACGAAAUGGCGAUAAAAUGGAUGUACGAUUAUUUACCGAGCAUGAAGGGAACUAUAUUCACAUUCUAUGGCAGUUACCGCAAUAUUUGUGUAUGAUUAUAGCUGACGUCAUAUUCGUGGUCACAACCUUAGAGUUUUCGUUCACAGAGGCGCCGAUAAACAUUAAAGCUUUUAUAUCCGCUAUUAAUUUAUUGACAACGGCAUUGGGAAAUUUAGUGGUCAUACUUAUAUCAACUAUAUCAAUUAAAAAUCAGGCACACGAAUAUCUACUAUACUCAAGUCUCAUGCUUGCUGACACGUUGUUAUUAGCCUAUUUCAGUAUGGUUUAUCGGAGUAAAAAUACCAGCAUCACAAAUAUUACCGAAAACAAAAAAGAAGAAAUCACUGUUUUCGAUUGAUUAUGGUUAGGUAUAGGAACAUAAUAAUAAUACAUAACUCGAAGAAUUAUAUUCAACAUAUAUAGGACCACAUCGCUUUAAGAUACACAAUAAUAUUAAUUACAUGCUUUGAAACCUUUUAUACAAUAAAUUGAAUAAUUUUUCAUUUAAUUUUCAU